GUAAAGCUUCAGGCCUGAUUUCCAUCUGCGCUACGCAAGCUACAGGCCCAAGGGUCACCGAAACUGGGACCUCGACAGGCACCGACUCGAUAAGGAAGCGCUCUGGGCGUCCACUACCUGCGCUAACGAGCUGACGAGCUGACGAGCUGACGAGCUGAUUCCAAACAUACCACAACAAUGAGGCGGAGCUACGCCGCCGCCGUGACGUCUGAGCCGGCGGGGCCGGGAGCGGCUCCCGCAAACGCCGCGGCGCCGCCUAUGGCUGCAGCAGCAGCGAGCACUGCUGCCGAGCCCGCCGCGGAGCCAACGCACGUGCCGACAAAGCCGGCGCCAAACCCGCAGGGCCACCAGCACCAGCAGACGGCAGCGCAGAAGCUGCAGGUGCUGGGGGCGGGCUUCGGGCGCACCGGCAGCCUGUCGCUGUACGUGGCGCUGAACGCCCUGGGGUACAAGACACACCACAUGGUGGAGGUGGUCAACAACCCGGACCAGGCGCCGUCGUGGUACCGGGCCGGGCGGGAGCACGGCGCGGCGGGCGGCGGCGCGGGCAGCAAGGGCGGGCGCCCCGACGAGCGACAGCAGCAGUCCUCGGCGGCCUACUGGUCUUCUCCGGGCCUGCUGGGUGGCUACACGGCCGCGGUGGACUGGCUGGCGGCGGGCUUCCUGCCCGAGCUGCUGGCGGCACACCCCGACAUCAAGGUGGGGGCGGGCCCCACACGCCUUUUACACGCAUACACACAUACACACACAUGCGCGUGUAUGGCGGAAUUGUUCCGGUUGUUCUUUGUUUAACACGCACGCACACACACGCACGC